AUGAAGCUCCCAGAGGUCAGGUUCUUGGAACACCUUCACAGCACCUUUGGCUGUAUCUUUGACAUUGUCGCUGAAGCCAUCAUAGAUAAUCCCCACGAUGAAUCUUUGAAAGGAGGGCUCUUAGCUUUGGGUACGGCGACCUCGCCGUAUCCUGCGUCUCAUCCUUCGAAUGCCACAAGGCAAGCUCCGUUGGCUUUCAGUGCAUACCUGGGUCUGGUGCGGAUCUCUGGUCUGCUUGGGCUUCAAGGCUGA